AUGAAUAAUAAAACUUUAUUAGUUGUUUUGGUAGUUCUAAUGAUCAGCAUGAUUUGUAUGGUUGCUCAUGCCAAUGAAGAUGCACUUACUUGUCAACAGACUUGUAAUAAUAUUCAUAAUGACGUGGCCUGUAGAUCGAAUCUAAAUUGUUAUUGGUUGUCCACUGGAAGAUGUUUUUGUAGAUUUGUUUAA